AUGAUUCUAUCCAACCUUCGGCAGCUGUACUCGCUUGACACGCUUGACACUCGCUUUACUGUAUCCUCGAAGACGCCCCCUAAGCAGGCACUAAGUGAGCCACAAAUAGACCCCACAAGACCACCACCGGCCCAGGACGAUCAGCUUCCUCUCAAAAGAGCUGAAGGAGCGCAGCCGUCAAAAUGGCGCACACCGGAGUUUUACUUCUACUAUUUGGUCUUCAUUACAGCGGUCCCCAUGAUGUUCAAAGUUGUGUAUGAUGUAUCAGAAUCAUCACAUCCUAACUACCCCAAAUUUUCACACCUACUAUCAGAUGGUUGGAUCCCUGGCCGCAAAGUUGACAACUCAGACCAUCAAUAUGCGUCCUUCCGAGAUAACCUGCCCUAUAUGUUCCUUCUUCUUGCCAUUCACCCUGUUCUGCGGAGACUCUACGACUACCUCUGCAGGGCGGACUCUUACACGCAAGUCCACCCGUUAGCUGGCUCCAAUGGCCGACUCACGCAUGGCUUAUCAACGCAGGCGGCCGCGGACGCACGUCUAGAGCAGCGCGUUUCUUUCGACGUUUACUUUGCUGUUGUUUUCCUGGCCGCCUUGCACGGCUUCUCCGCCUUCAAAGUCUUGUUGAUUCUGUAUGUGAAUUACAAGAUAGCCACUGCACUGCCAAGGGAGUAUGUCCCCGGCGCUACUUGGGGCUUCAACAUCGGGAUCUUGUUUGCGAAUGAGCUUUGUCGCGGAUACCCCUUCGCAGGGCUGGCGUCUUUCCUGCUGCCAUCGCCAACGGCAUCUCCUGAGAGGACAUCUUAUAGCAACUGGGGCAUGUGGCUUGACAGCUAUGGAGGCCUUAUACCAAGAUGGGAGGUACUUUUCAACAUCACCGUCCUCCGCUUGAUCAGCUUCAAUCUCGACUACUACUGGAGCCUUAAUCAGCGUGGGGGAAGCCCGGUCGAGAAGAAGCAACUUGAUCCCUCAAACCUCCCCGAGCGCGAUCGCAUCUCAACCCCUGCAAAACCUGGAGAUUACUCUUUUCGUAACUACUUCGCAUAUGUCACGUACUCCCCGCUGUAUCUCGCGGGUCCGAUUCUUACCUUCAACGACUACAUCUCACAACUUCGCUACCGCGCUCCCAGCAUCACCACGCGACGGACUAUCCUGUACGGUGUGCGCUUUCUCAUCUGCCUCCUGACCAUGGAGCUGGUCAUCCACUACAUCUACGCCGUCGCCAUAUCCAAAGCACAGCCGGCAUGGGAGGUAUACACCCCCUUCCAGCUUAGCAUGCUCGGCUACUUCAACCUCAAUCACAUCUGGCUCAAGCUCCUCCUUCCCUGGCGCUUCUUCCGGCUGUGGGCGCUGCUCGACGGCAUCGAUCCUCCAGAGAACAUGGUCCGCUGCAUGAGCGACAAUUACUCCGCUCUGGCCUUCUGGCGCGGCUGGCAUCGCAGCUUCAACCGCUGGAUCGUCCGGUACAUAUACAUUCCGCUAGGCGGCAGCGGCGCCACUGGCCUUUGGGGCAAAGCAAGGGCGAUCCUUAACUUCCUGGCUGUUUUCACCUUCGUUGCCCUUUGGCAUGACAUCCAGCUUCGGCUGCUGAUGUGGGGUUGGCUGAUCACCCUCUUUGUGUUGCCCGAAGUGCUGGCUACCCUGGCGUUCCCACGCAAGAAGUGGAGGGACAGACUGACUGCUUACCGAGUAUUGUGCGGUAUUGGUGCUGUGGGCCCUAUCCUGAUGAUGAUGGCGGCGAACCUUGUGGGUUUCGCUGUCGGCUUGGAUGGACUUGAGGGCCUGGUGAAGGGGAUUGUGGGGAGUUAUUCGGGGCUAGUAUUUCUGGCGGCUGCGUGCUCGGCGCUGUUUGUUGGCGUGCAGGUGAUGUUUGAGGUUAGGGAGGAAGAGCUUAGGCAUGGGAUCAGGAUGAAGUGUUAG